AUGCACAUGCACAUGCGGGUGGUUCUCCAACGUCUCUUCUCGCCUCGCGCCAUCGCGAUUGCCAUGUGCAGUGCCGCCGCGCGCUUCGAUGCGCCGGCCGUCCUCGCGCAGGCCGCCGAUGACCGGUCGGCUCCUGCCGCCGAGGUAAUCCGCGCGCUCAAGGAGAUUGAGUGCGCUCCGCCGCCUGCCGCCACGGCGGAGGACCUGUCCGGACGGUGGGAGCUCGUCUUUUCGACGGCGGCGGCAAAGCUGCCGCUCAUCGACGGCUACAUGCCCAACCGCGAGGUGCUCGAGUGGGACCUGGCGGCGCGGAGGCUCAAGCUCGAGAUCGAGACGCUGCCGCUGCUGCCAAAGGUUCGUGUGGUGGGCGAAGAGCUCACCUUUGACGCGGCGUCGCAGACCCUGACGUACUCCGUGAAGCAGAAGCCGCCCUCCCAGUGGCGCGUCCUUCAUGUCGACCGCGCCAAUGGGCUGCUCGCGGCGCGCUCCUCGGGCUCGCGCCGCUGCGGAGAGCGCCUCUUCACGCGCCUGCCCGUGAGUAGGUACGCGCCGCCGGCCAGCCUCGCGCCGCUGCAGCGCGGCAAGGAGCCAAUCCCUCUGGGCGUGCUCAAGGCGGCGAGGGUGGAGGCGCGCGGCGAGGUGCACCGCGACGGCGACUGGCACCGCUCAGUGCACGACACCCACCCCAACCUGCUCGACGUAUCGUGCGCAGGCCACAUCACCGGAGCGGACGGCGUCGAGGAGAUUGGCGUCUCGCUGCCCGAGGCGGACCUCGAGGCCGCUUGGGUCUGCACGCUGCCCGCCUCAGCCGAGGGUGCGACGGCACAGCACGGCCGCUUUCUCUGCCGCGAGUACCAGGCGUGCUCUUCUCCGUGGCUCUUCUCCGAGAUCUUCCUCGUGCGCUGCUCCGCAGGCUUUGACGCCGCCGCCCUCGCCCUCGACCAGGGCGGCCAGGGCGAGGUUGCCGGCGUGGAGUGGCGCGAUGCGAGCGAGGUGGCGGCGGCGUGGGCCUCUGGAGAUGCGGGCUUCGUGCCGCGCACGGCCGUAUACGGCGCCAUUCUCUCCGAGGCCAUCGCAGGGCUGGACGGGUCUGACUAG